GCAGCGACAAACUCGCGCGGCAGCCUGACACAGAAGCUAGAGAGAGAGAGAGAGAGAGAGAUGAGAUCAAGGGUGGCGCUGGAGCCGCUGGCGGAAGAGCCCGGUGGCGGGGAGGAGGAGGCGACGCGGCGGCGGUCAGGCCUCCACGCGGCGCUGCACCGGUGGGCGCGCCUCCUCUCCGGCGGUACCGCCGGGGACGACUCCCGCCCGGCCGCCGACCUCCGCGUCCUCCUCUCCGUGCUCGCAUGCCCCCUCUCCCCAGUCCCCCUCCUCCCCCGCCUUCCCCGCCACGUGGCGUCGUCGGCGCAGUACAUAAUCGAGCAGUUCAGGGCGACGACGGGGUGCGGGAAGCUCGAGGGCGCCGUGAAGAGCAUGUACGCGGCGGGGCGGGUGCGGCUGACGAUGCUGCAGGAUCCCAGCGGCGGGAGCAGCGUCGGCGGGCGGGGCCACGAGGGGAGAUUCGUGCUGUGGCAGCUCGCGCCCAGCAUGUGGCUCGUUGAGAUGUCCGUGGCCGGGCAGCACGUCGCCGCGGGCAGCGACGGCCGCGCCGCCUGGCGCCGCACGCCCUGGCUCGGCGCCCACGCCGCGCGCGGCGGCUCGCGCCCCCUCCGCCGCGCACUCCAGGGCCUGGACCCAGUGAUGAUCGCGUCCAUCUUCUCGACGGCCGAGCACGCCGGCGAGAAGCAGGUGGACGGCGAGGACUGCUUCGUGCUGCGCCUGAACGUGGGCCCCUCGAUGCUGUCGAACUGGAGCGAUGGCACGGCGGAGGUAAUCCGGCACGGCCUGACGGGUUUCUUCAGCCAGCGCAGCGGCCUCCUGGCGCGACUGGAGGACUCUCAGCUGACCCGGAUCCAGGCCCCCGGCGCGACGGCCAUGUACUGGGAGACCACCAUCGCGUCGACCGUGUCGGACUACCGCGCCGUGGACGGCGGCGUGGCCAUCGCGCACGCGGGGACGUCCACGGCGCACCUCGCUCGGUUCGGCGUGGGCGUGCGCGCCGCGCGCGUGGUGACUCGGAUGGUGGAGUCGUGGACCAUCGACGACGUGGCGUUCAACGUGCCGGGGCUGGGACCGGACGCCUUCAUACCGCCGGAGGAGGUCAGGAGGAGCCGCUCCUACGGCGCCCUCGCCGCCGGCAAGUGAACUCGGCCGUCAAGGUUCAGUCGUGUGUGUAACAUAGUCUGCAUGGAGAGAGGGAGGGAGAGAGAGCUCCGUAAUUUCGUCUGUCUUCCCUUUGUGACUUGUGAGCGAGCGUGGCAUAAAAAAUCGUGCAUGUACAUAUGUGUACUUGAUUUACUCAGCAGUAAUAAUCACACCAAAAUUCUAAUC